AGCAAGGAAUUAGACCUUGUGAUCUCCUGUCUACUAUGGCUUCACAAGCCAAGCAAAAGGAGCAGCCUCACUUUGUCUUAGUGCCUCUUAUGGCACAAGGGCAUAUGAUUCCCAUGAUAGACAUGGCUAGGCUCUUUGCAGAGCGUGGUGUGAUGGUUAGCUUGGUCACCACUCCAUACAAUGCCUCAAGAUUUGAGUCAUGCAUUUCUCGAGCAAGAGAUCAAUCCGGACUUCCAAUAUCCAUUGUGAAAAUCCCAUUUCCGUGCCAAGAAGUGGGACUUCCAAUGGGGAGUGAGAGUCUUGACACCUUACCAUCUCGAAAUCUGCUGAGGAAGUUCUUUAAGGCUCUGAGCAUGCUGCAAGAACCACUAGAAAAGUACCUUGAAGACCAGAAGCUUCAGCCAUGGUGCAUAAUCUCGGACAAGGCCCUCUCGUGGACUUCAAAAACAGCUCAGAAGUUCAAUAUUCCAAGGAUUGUUUUCCAUGGAAUGUGCUGCUUCUCACUUCUGAGCUCUCACAAUAUCAAACUCUAUAAUGCACACAAUUCUGUUACUUCUGAUUCUGAACCUUUUGUGGUGCCAGGGCUGCCCCAGAGGAUUGAGAUCACUAAGGCUCAGCUACCAGGAGCAUUUGUCACGCAACCGGAUUUGGAUGACUUCCGGGACAAGAAUCAAGAGGCUGAAGCGAAAUCGUUUGGGGUGGUGGUGAAUAGCUUUAAUGCACUUGAACAUGGGUGUGCUGAGGAGUUGGAGAAGGUGUUUGAUAAAAAGGUUUGGUGCAUUGGACCAGUUUCCUUAUGCUACAAGAGCAAUUCAGAAAAGUUUUCUAGAGGUAACAAAUCCUCAAUUGAUGAGAGUCAAUGCUUGCAAUGGCUUGAAUCAAUGCAACCAAGGUCUGUCAUCUACGUUUGUCUUGGUAGCCUUUGUAGAUUAGUCUCAUCACAACUGAUAGAGCUUGGACUAGGCUUAGAAGCCUCAGGAAAACCAUUUAUCUGGGUAAUCAAAACAUGUGGGAAGUAUGAAGAAUUGGAGAAGUGGUUAGUGGAGGAGAGGUUUGAGGAAAGGAUCAAAGGAAGAGGCCUUUUGAUCAAGGGUUGGGCUCCCCAAGUUCUUAUUCUCUCAAAUCCAGCAAUUGGAGGGUUCUUAACUCAUUGUGGUUGGAACUCAAGCAUAGAAGGGGCAUGUUCUGGUGUACCAAUGAUCACAUGGCCUCUAUUCGCUGAGCAAUUCCUUAACGAAAAAUUGAUCAUAGAGGUUUUAAAGAUCGGUGUUCGGGUUGGUGUGGAGAUUCCUGUUAGAUGGGGGGAUGAAGAGAAAGUUGGAGUGUUGGUGAAGAAAGAUGGGGUGAAGAAGGCAAUACAAACACUAAUGGAUGGAGGUGAAGAAGGAGAAAAAAGAAGAAAGAGAGCAACAGAAAUUGGAGAGAAGGGAAGAAGAGCCAUGGAACAAGGAGGUUCAUCGCACUCAAGCAUGUCUUCUUUGAUUCAAGAUGUUAGGCAAUUACAUGAAGCCACUCGAAACAAAGGCCAGAAGCUUUAACUUGAUCGUAAAACAAAAUCAAUGUUCCUACAUGUGAAACUUUGUUGCAGAUUCAGUUUGAACAUAUAUGGAUACAAGCAAGAGUCGCCUGUAACGGUUUCAAUAUAUUGUACAUAUUAAUUAGUUUCCUCUACUUUAACACAAUAUCAAGUUCAUAUCAACAAUAGUAGUGCUUUAACACAAUAUCUUGUUGAUAUGAAUUUCAUUUCACUAAACAAUUGGUGGUAUAUAUCAUAUGAAUAACAA